AUGGACCAUCUGCACAAAGAGCUUGUGACUCUGCCUAGCUUAGCACAUCUUUCAGCGUCGCAAUUGCGCGAUCUGAAGUGGACAGUCAAGGAAUUGGUGCUCAUAACGCUUUUUCAAGAGCAAGUAUCUUCGAAUGCAGUAGCACAAGAGCUACAAAUUAAAAGUAAAGACCGUAAAUUGGAGCGUAAAGCGGACAAAUUGCUGGGCGACGUAGAUCGAGUUGCGAUACGAAAGAAAGAAGACAAAUACCGAGCAGAGUUUAUGCAAUUGGUUGCUUCGGAGCUUGCCAGAUUGGGAGCUCCUGCACUUAUUACAUGGCAGAAAUUGGUGUUUGAUAAAGAAUGUUGUGCGCAAGCGUUUCGAUUGCUACUUACGCGAAUUAAAUCCUCAUGCAGGAGUGCAGGUCGGAAAGUUAGCACUUAUAGUUCUUCACCAAAUAUAGCUCGAUAUGCUGCUAGACAGAGUCAAUGUGAUAGUAAUUACUGUGGACUGGAGAAUGAUAGUGGAGAUACUGAAGAUGCUUAUGCCGAUAGCGAUGAUUUUGAAAGUUGUGCAAAAGUUCCGUCAUUGAUUCCUAGUCAAGAUUUGACAAAAGGGAUGAAAGAAUAUUCUUUAAUUGAUCGGUGCACUUCAAAUAGCAAGAACAAAGGGCAAAACUGGAAUUUCGAUUCGACAAUUGAACCAUUGUCCAGAAAAGAUGAGUCUCAAUGCUUAGACUCGCGUGGGCCUACACGCAAAAGAAUUUCUGUCCAUCAAACAAGUCGACCCAGGACAGAUGGUGGUAUAAUGAUUGAACGGACGGUGUCGAGCAAGCAGCCGUCGGACUUUGUGUCGAAAUUCAGAAAGGACGAGGCACGAAUCUGGCAGGAAGAAAAAUUGGUUUUGACGAACGAUAAUGCCAAAUUGCGAGACGAGAUCAAACAUUUGGAAUCUCUUCUUCAGAAUGACAGCUCCAGCAACAGUAUGUGUGGUGAUUCGCUUGAAGUUGCCCAAAAACGAAUACGGCUAUUACAAGCACAAAAGGUGCAGCUUCAACGUCAAGUAAGCUUAUUACAAAAGGCAAUGGAAGCUUUUGAAAACUCUGAAGUGAAAUUGAUGUCUGCAAUGGAAAGUUGGCGAAAAGUGAUUGAAGAUGGAAUGAAACAAGCAAAAGCCGCCGGUGCUGAUCAAAAUGCGACAGCCAUGAGAAUUGAUGAUGAUGAGAUUACAUGUCGACAGCCUAUCAAGUGGAUGCUAGCUGUACCUGAGAAACUAAUGCAUGAAUUCAAGCGUGUGGAGAGCCAAAUCAAAGGUGCGACACUCGCUGCAAAUGCUUGCUUGGAAACCAAACUGCGUGUGAGUAAACUUUCCAUGUCAUUUGUACGCAACGAAGCUAUGGGGUUAAAGAUGAGUGAGAUAUACAAUGAAGAUACUUCCUGUAUAGCGCAUUUACGGAUUGAAAGAGUGCAGCAACUCGAAAAUGAUCUUGAAUCUGUUUCAACACAACUGGACGAACUCAGUGCACAAGUUUUACAGAUUGAUUUUCCAAAAAUUUCCUUAGCCAGACCGUUGCGUUCUUAUGCUUAUGAGCUGAUGAAAAGCGUGCAAAAGUUGCUUCUUGAAGUCGGGGCAUUUGGCGUCGUGGUACCCACUUCAACCACCCUUGCGACGAACGAUGCUGCUACACUAAAUACUAAAGAUUGUCACUCGCUUAAUACGAUCAUGGAGGUUCUAUCAUCGACAGGAGGCAUCAAAAAUCGACAAGGGAAUGCCAAAGAGCGCGAGAAACGUGUGAUGUUGAUGCUCAAGCAGUUGCAGGCUAGACAAAAUGCUACCGAGCACGAUCUGGUGGCUUGUCGAAAAAUUGCUGAUUAUUGGCGAACAGCAUGGAACACACAAGGCGAAAUUCUUCGCAAAUUGGCUAAGAGUGUACAAAGUCUUGGGCAAAAAAAAGUGAAGUGGUGUCAAAAUUAUUUAUUGACGCCUAUGAUAAAUUUAUCGGACGUGUUCACCUCUUUUCAACAAGCCUAUGAUAAAGAUACAACCCGUCAAAAUCCUUACUUACCGCUGCUGAUUGAGACAUUAAAUAUGGUGCAUCCGAUACUGCAGAAUGCGUUAGAGCAGUGGCAAAACUAUUCAAAUGAGAUGCAGGAUAAAAUGGAUGCACUAUAUGCAGAUUAUGAAGCCAAUUAUCUUGUUCUUGUGUCGUCGUCUGGAAAUUGA